UUAAAAGUUAAAACAUAUAACCAAAUAGAAAGUAAGAAAAGAACGUUGUUUUUUCUAGGAAGUUGUUCAACAGUUCAAGGGUGAAAGGUAAACCCUAAAUCUCCAUUCUCCAAUCUCAUUCAUUCUCUUUGACGGUUAAGUAGCUGAGUCGCUGACGAUUUGACGGCGAGAGUCGGCGACUCGACAGCACCGGCGAGACUUGCGAGCAGUCGGCGCAAGGAUGACGGAUAAUGUUUCCACUUGUGGACCAUCAUCGACUCCUGGUUGCUCAUCGACUCCUGGUUGCUCUUCUACUCCUAAUGUGGAAGAAUUUUUUGUACGUGUUGAUGAUGAGAUCCAAGAAGAAGAAAUGGAGCAAGAACCACUAGAACCUAACUUUGACUCUGAUCAAGAGCUCGAUCAGGAAGAGCAUGAUCAUCCUUUCAAGAGACCAAGAAAAUCAGAGGUGUGGAAGGAUAUGGAGGAUCCCAUACAAAUAAAUGGGGAAUGGAAAACUCAAUGUAAGCAUUGUAAAUCCCAUCUUACUAUUUCAAAGUCUGGCACUCCGAGUCAUAUAAUAAGACAUUUGAAUAAGUGUCCUCAAAGAAAAUUGAAAUUAAAGCAACAAAGUAUGAUUAACUUUUUGCCAUCUGAUUCAAGUGCGGGUACACCAAAUUCUGGAGGUGUUAGUGCUUUACAUAAUGGUAAACUAGAUAUGUUAUGUAUGAGGGAAGGGAUUGCUAAUUGGAUUGUAAUGCAUGAAAAGCCUUUUAGUGUUGUAGAAGAAGAAGGUUUUAACAUGAUGUUAAAGAGGGGGAUACCUCAAUGGACUUCUGUUUCACGUCACACUAUAAAAACUGAUGCUUUCAAAGUCUAUGAGGUAGAGAAAAAGAAACUAAAGGCUCUUUUGAAGGGUGUAGAUAGAAUUUCUUUGACCACUGAUCUUUGGCGUGCUAGACCACAAAGGAUUGAGUACAUGGUUCUUACGGGUCAUUUUGUUGAUCGUGAUUGGAAACUCCAAAAGCGAGUUUUGAGCUUUGUCCAUAUACCUCCUCCUCGGAAAGGAAAAGACAUAGAAAAUUGCAUUUUCAAAUGUUUAAAGGAGUGGGAAAUUGAGAAUAAAGUUUUUACGGUUUCGGUUGACAAUGCCCCCGCAAAUGAUUCAUGCAUACAAAUUUUAAAGGAUACUUUCUCACUUACAAAGAGGUUGUUAUGCGGUGGAGCAUUAUUUCAUGUACGUUGUUGUGCGCAUAUAUUGAAUAUUAUGGUGCAACAUGGUCUCAAACAAGUCAAAAUCAUUGUCAAGAAUGUUCAUGAUACCGUUGAUUAUCUCAAUGGAAGGGAAGCGAGAAUGAGAAAGUUUGUAGAAAUUGUUCAACAAUUCAAUCUUAAAGAGCGGAGGUUGGUUCUUGAAUGCAAGACUAGGUGGAAUUCCACUUAUGAUAUGUUAUCAUGUGCCAUCAAGUUUAAGGAGGUAUUUUCUAGACGUGCUUUGGAGGACAAUUAUUAUGUUUAUUGUCCUAGUUCUGAUGAUUGGCUUAAAAUUGAAAAACUUCUUGAGAUCUUAAAAGUGUUCUAUGAUACCACAAAUGUUAUCUAAGGCUCUGAAUACCCCACUUCCAACUUUUUCCUUAGUGAAGUUUUUUACAUCAAAGAAAUGUUGGACAAAAAUUAUUGUUCUCCCGACCCUUUUGUCAAAGAUAUGGUAAAAAACAUGAAAGAAACAUUUGAUAAGUAUUGGGGUGAAUGUAAUUUACUCAUGGCUAUUGGUGGGGUGUUAGACCCUCGUUUGAAACUGAAGGUUGUUGAAAUUACAUUUCCUCAUAUGUUUCCUUCAAAUCUUUUUAGGGAGAACAUUAAUAAGGUUAAAGAUACUUUAUAUGAGUUGUAUGAUGAAUAUAAGGCUUUAUAUCCUCCUUUGUAUGAAGAACAUGGAGAAAGUAGAAAUGGAGCUCCACAUACAGUUCAAUGGGGGAGUCUUCCGGGGAUGUCAAGAGUUUUACAAGUUGUUAGAAGUGGGGAAAGAGUGGAGCCUAGAAAAUCAGAACUUGAUUUAUAUCUUGAGGAAUGUACCGCAACUGAUGAAGGACAUAGGUUUGAUGCCUUAAAUUGGUGGAAGGAAAGAGCUAGCAAAUUUGUUGUUUUGUCUAGAUUGGCUGCUGAUGUGUUAGCUAUUCCUAUUACCACUGUUGCUUCGGAGGCUACGUUUAGCGCUGGGAGCCGAGUUAUUGAUUCUUAUCGAUCUUCAUUGCUUCCGGAAACCGUGCAAAUGUUGAUUUGCACGGGAGAUUGGUGUAGGUCGACUUUUGGAAUCAAGAGAAAGAACAAAUUUGUUGACGAAGAUGAACCAAAAGAAAUCACGAUUCCUAUUCCAUAAAUUGCGUUCUUCUAUGAGGUGUUGUGGAGAAAGAACCAUGAAGGAUGGCUUGGUCGCUUCGACUUGGAAAUGAAUGUCAAAGGAAGAGAAAGAGUUGUUGUUUGUGUGUUUGUUUAUCAAAUGAGGAUAUUUGUGUAAAACUUUGUCAAAGUUGUUGUGACUUGUAAACUUUGUUAAGUUUGAUGUAAACUUUGUUAAGUUUGAUGUUAGGAUUGUUAUGGUUAUGGUGUGGUUUUAGGCUUUGUGUGCUGUU